AUUUUGGAACUCACUUUUCUCUCCAGCGUUGUUUAGCUCAGAUUUGGAGAGUCCCUUUAUUGGAAAAUCCAUCGAAAGUGCAAUUGGGCAGUGGCUCUGUUUUGUUUUGCUUUUUUCUUCUGUGCUGAGAGACUGCACAGGAAGUUCCUUGGCUUGGCUGGACUGAGAAACUCUGAGAUUGCCCCUGCUCUGUGCUGCCAGCAGCAUUGGUGUGGGUUUCUUAGCACUGUGCUGCUGGGAAACUAUUCUGUCCCACUGCCCCUUCGGUUACCCUAUCCCUUAUUUCUAAAACUUUUUAUUGGGAUACCCUGCCCUUGAGAGCUUUCCUUGGAGCCAGAUUCUUCCCCCUGUGCCCUUGAGAGGGAGGCAAAAGGAGGGAUCAAUGAUCUGGGGAAUUGCAGCUGAUGUUCUGCCUCAAAAUUACCUCAUUUGGCAUCUCCUGACCUGUCUGAGGAGCUUGGGGCUGGGCAGUGGGAUGUUCUCUGGCCCCUGUGGCUGGUUUGGGUGCUGGAAAGGGCAUUUUGUACCCCAAGGGCCCACCGUGCAUCUGGCUGGGGCUUCUUGCUGUGGGAGGCCUGGUCCCCUGGCUCCCUGCUGAAAAUAGCUGGGGACCCCCAUGCGCUCAGGCCACAGCGCCAGAAAUCUGUUGGCUGAUGAGAGAGGGACAUAAAACCACGGGGAGCCAGGAGCGCCUUCAGCCGGGCAGGAAUGCUGCCCUGCAGGAAUGCUUUCAGGGAGGAAAGCUGCCUUCCCAGCCUGCUGCCUUCCCAGCUCACUCCUGUGGCUGCUGGGGUGGGUUUUUCUAUUUCUGUUUGUGAAAAGGCUGCCCCUGUAAUUAUGAGGUGAUUUAACGCCCUGUCUGAGCUGUCGUUCACAGCUGCCGGACACAGCACUCGGCAGGGACUCCUCAGCCCGGCAAAGUCGCUCCUUGAGCCACUCACACCUCAGGCAGCCCUCCUAGUGUCUCUUCCUCGCUUCAAAAUGUCCCUGUCACACACGGCUGCCGAGUACAUGCUCUCUGAUGCUCUGCUCCCGGAUCCCAGCAGUUCCCGAGCCAAGGGUUUGCGGCUGGAGCUGCCGAGCGAUCGCCUGCUGAAGUUUGUCACUGUGGGGCUGCCCCUCUUCCUCGUCUCGCUGGCCUUUGCCCGGGAGUUCUCUGCUGGCUCCCAGAUCAGCUGCUUCUCUCCCACCAACUUCACGGGGAAGCAGUCCGCCUACACUGACACGGCCUGCUGGGACUCCCUCAUCCACCAUGGCUUUGAUGCUGACGGACAUGCCAUUACCAAAUCUCUCUGGGCUCUCAAGGUCUUCCCCUACUCGCUGCUGGUGGUGGCGGUGCUGAUGUACCUGCCGUACCUGCUGUGGCGUUACGCUGCCGCCCCUGCGCUGCACUGUGACCUCCUCUUCAUCAUUGAUGAGCUGGAUAAAUCCUACAACCGCUCCGUGCGCCUGGUGCAGCACAUGAAGAAGGUCCAGCAGGCCAGUGCCGAGCCAGAGCAGUUCUGGGAGGAGUACGAGAGGGCCCGCCGGGAGAGGUAUUUUGAGUUCCCAUUGCUGGAGCGGUAUCUGACCUGCAAGCAGCAUGCCCACGCCCUGGUGUUCAUCUACAUCCUGCGGAACCUGCUUCUGCUCUUCUUCCUGGCUGCCACCUGCCUCUACCUGGUCUUUCUCCACCUUAACAUCUUCUUCCAGGAUGAGUUCAGCUGCUCCAUCAAAACAGGGCUGCUCCAGGCAGAGCCGCACAUCCCCCUGCUCAUCCCUUGCAAGCUGGUCUUCUUCUCCGUGUUCCAGAUCAUCAGCCUCUCGAUUGGCAGUGUCUAUGUGCUCCUCAUCCCUGUUGUCGUCUACAAUGCCCUGCAGCUCUGCCAGUGGGACAAAGGGCUGCUCUCUGUCUAUGAGAUGCUGCCUGCCUUCGACCUGCUCAGUCGCAGGAUGCUCACCUGCCCUCUCAACGACCUCAACAUCAUCCUUCUCUUCCUCCGUGCCAACAUCUCCGAGCUGACCUCCUUCAGCCGCCUCAAUGCCGUCAGCGCCCUGAGGGAAGCCACUGCCAACAAGGAGGACAUAGAUACUGUCAUUGAUUUCAUGACACUGCUGGCUGGGCUGGAGACCACCAAGCCCAAACACCAAGUUUGCACCCCCGAGGCUGAAGGCAGUACAGCCCUCUCCAACGGUGUGGCUCUAGGUAGGCUUUUUUGGGUAAAGACAACUUCUUCCCUUUUCUCUUGGCUCCCACCCUCAAAAUGUGGCUGGAGCACCCAGAAUCCUUUGCCAAGACCUUAAGGUGUUUGGGGCAUAGCUGGGGGUCACUGUGAGGGCUGACAAAUCCUGGAAGGGGUUCUGGCAUCCAGAGCGUGAUGCUACUUCAAUCCAAGGUGUGGGCAGGGGUUGCUAUAGGAACAGCAAGCCAAGAGAUUGCUGCUUAAAUCCAAGCUCUGGGCAAACUGCAGGGCUGGGAGGGUCCCUGUUUUUCACAGCUCAUCCUGCUAGGAGUGGGGUUGGGAGUUUUAAAUCCUGGGGGGCUGAUGCCAAGAAUGCCAUGCCCACCCCCUUCUCCCAUUCGCAUGGCACUGGUGGGCACUGUGAGGCUGAGUGUGGAGAUGGAGAUGGGUUCCAAGAUAGAGCCGCAUUCUCAGGACCUGCACUGCUCCCUCUUCCACGUGCUAUGGGUUUUGGGGAGCUGGAUCCCUCCUUUGGGGUGUCACAGGCACCCCUGGCACCCAUGGCAGGUGCUUUGCAGGCCAUGUGUGACAGCCCAGCCCC